UGUAUUGGAGUUGUGAGAGUUAGGUGUUGGCGUUAAGUUUGGAAGCGUAAAGUAUAAAAGUUAAACAAUAUCAUUUAAAUUUUUUGUGAUAAAAGCUAAAAUAUUAUAAGUAAUCGUAAAUUAAAGAAUUAAUUUGAAUGAUGAUCAUUUGCAAUUACACGUAACGUAAUAACUGCGAUUUUCUGCUGAUGAUUGGAUUGUUAUGAUUUAAGUGAUUCUAGUCAUCAUUCGCAGUUAUAACAAUUGUUCGAGAAAUCAUUCUUGUAUUGUACGUGAUUUAUUCCUAAUAUGAGUGACACAUUUUCUAAUCCAAAUAGUGGACAGAGUUUAGAAGAAAUGUCUUUUGACAAUGUAAUGAGUGAUAUGUCUCCUGUAACAAAUUUAGCUCUAAACCUUAAAAGUCUUUCAACUUGUGUGCCAAGAACUCCCAUUCGUCGUAUAUCAUGGUCUAAUCCGUUUCCUGAUGAAGAUAAGAGAGGAUAUUCAAUAGUUAAUCUAUCGCCUUAUAUUGAUUCACCCACUUUCCAGCAUUUGCCUAUGAGAGCCAAAAGCAAAGCAAUGGUAAGUGAAGCCUCGUGCACACUUUUGCCAUCAGAUACUGAAGAUAACAAAGAGAAUAUGAUGCCUAUACCGUUUCAGAGCCAUGAAUCUAUGCCUAAAAAGUCUGAUGAGGAUGUAUUUGAAAAUGAUUCAGAAGAUAGUGGUUGUUGUAGUAUGUCUCAAGAAAGUAGUUAUUCUGGCAUGUCUCAAGAAAGCAAUAUUUCUGUCUCCAGAAAAUAUCCUUUCAGCACUUAUUCUCGAACUACUGUGCGAAGCUCAAUUUUUACAGAUGAUGAUGAUGAUAGUUUUGGGAACAUUUUCGAAAUGGAUGAUGACCAUGAGCUUUUACCAUUACCAGACGAUGUGUCAAGUUUGUUCAUGAACCCCUUAUAUGAUAAUAAGAAGACACGGAAUUUGACACCUGCAACGAACAGGAAUGGAAAACCUCCUAUACGUCGCUGCCUUUCUAUUGAAAUGGAUGAUAGCCCUGUUCAUUCAACUCAGAUUCGUUCUAGAGCUUCUACUUAUACUGCAUCUUCUACCAUGAAUAUUACACCUGAGCCAUUGAAAAGGUGUGUUUUCAAAAGACCUGAUCCACCUAACAGUUAUUUUCCAUAUCAAAACAAGAGAAGAAAGAGUUAUCAUUUGGAAUACUUAUCAAAUUCAGAGGCAAAAAGUGAUUUUAUUGUUCAGCGAUCUUUCUCUGAGACAGCUGCUACAAUUGCAUAUGCAAUUCAGAAAGCUGAUUUGCAACCUGAAUUAAUUGGCGACUGCAGUAGAAACUAUGCCCUUCCUCUUGUAAAAGGGCGACAUCAAGAUCUGAAAUGUAUUACUCCAGAAACUUUGGUACAAGUACUUAAAGGUGAUUACAACAAUGAAAUCCAAAGCUACACACUUGUGGAUUGCAGGUAUCCUUAUGAAUUUGAUGGUGGUCAUAUUAUAGGAGCAAAAAAUAUCUAUACAAAGGAAGACAUUCUGGAAACAUUUUUAAAAGAGCCAGUUGUAACAACUGAUAAGAAUAUUAUCAUUUUCCACUGUGAAUUUUCAUCUGAGAGAGCACCUAAUUUGUGUCGCUUUUUAAGGAACAAAGAUCGUGAGAUGAACGAAGGCAGUUAUCCUCGUCUGCACCAUCCUGAAAUUUAUCUUUUAGAAGGUGGCUAUAAAGCAUUUUUUAAAACUUUCAAUGACUAUUGUGAACCUCAGAGUUACACGCCAAUGAAUCACAAGGAUCAUGAUUAUGAAUUACGUCACUUCAGGGCAAAGUCAAAAUCAUGGGGGGCUGAUUGUAAAGGAAAAGCUAAAUUAAGAUCUAAUUCAUUGCACCCAGUUUUAUGAUUUACUUAUAUGAACUGGGAUGUAGUUCAGUAUACAAAAUUUUAUAAAUUUUAUGCAAUUGUCUGAUUUUUUAAAAAUUUCUUGAAAUUGCAUUAUUUACAAGGCAUGAAUUGACUGUUGCAUAUUUUAGAUCCUAGCUGGAAAUUCUAAAAUUAAAUUCUUUUUUAAUGUUAGAAAUUAACAAAAAUAUGUUAUAUUAACAAUAAGUAAAUAUUUCCAAUAACUGAUGAUUUGAUAUAUCUUUUAAUCAUCAGUCAGUUUCUAUUUAUAUGUAGAUUAGCCAUUAAAACACUGUAUAUAAAGUGUAAAUAUUGUUUAGCAUUGUUGUGAAAGGGUGUGAAAUUUGUGUUUGUUUUCAUUUUUGUUUCUCUUGAUUAUGAGAUACAUUUGUUAAUUCUUUAAUUCAACUUCUUGUUUCAAAAUUCUAUGUAUUCUUUAUUCAUGUUCUAUUUUUUAUUUUGAAUUAUUGCUGAAAUUAUUAUUUAUUAUCACUACUUUUUCUAAGUAUGCAUAAUCUGCUCAAGUAAAUUUUAAUCUUUGUAAUAGUUUCAUUCAAAAAGUUAAGUAGACUAAGUUAUAGUAAUAAUGAAAGAUUAUUUCAGGUGUAAUUCAUUGAAGAAAAGUUGCAUUUGUAUUUACAGAAUUUCUUACUAAUAAUUUCACAUGGAAAAUUUAUAAUAAUUUUCUAAUCACAGCUAUAAUGCUUACAUGAAACCAAAUUGUUUGUUAUAUUAGAUUUUAAUGGAAAAUUAUUUUGGAUAAAAUUGAUGUUAGUUGUACGAAUAACUUCAAAAAAUGUUUAAUGCAUUUAGUUUGCCAUUCUGUAAAACAUAAAAUUUUUUAAUAUAAAAACAUUUAAUAUUAGUAAUUGAACAUUUUGAUAAAUUGUCUAUAACAUGUAAAACUUUUAAAUUAGCAUUUUAUAGGAAAUAUUUCUUUUCAUGUAACUUUGUGCUUAGUGAAAAUAGGUUUUACAGAAUAUUUAAUACAUUUUUCUCUGUGAAUAUGGACUUGGCAGAUGUAGAAAUUGUGAGAGUCUGGUGAUGAGACUGCUUUAGCCAAUUCUUUAGCCCGCAUAUGUUAUUUCAUAUAAUUCCACACUUCAGCACUGAAAUGGAUUGGUAAUCUAUUGCACUGGAACCAUGUUCAGUCUCAGAGAACUCUGAAACACACUUCAAGAUUUUCAGUAAUACAGCUGGUAGAAGACAGAGCCUAACUGGUAAGUUGUGGAUGGCCCUGAUAAAGAAGUUGUGCUGAAGUCUUUGUGCUUCUCUGCCAUCAUAACUGACAUCUUUGCAUAAGAUGAAUGUCAAUUUUAUCGGCAAUUUUUAAAUUGAUACAAUAUUGCAGAAAACAUCUUUCAAAAUGAUGUGUUUGCAAAAGAAGAGCACUCCUACACACUUGCCAAAAAAUGUUUAUGUUGAUUGCAUGUUGAAUGAAAAAUAUGUUUUAAUGGGACCUACUUUUUAAAGUUUGUUCCAUCAAUUUGAUAUGCUUUGGGUUUUUAAUAUUUUGUGUCAUACUGAAAUGUUAUUUUAUGACAUUUUUCAGUGUGUGCAAAAUGUGUAUGUUCAAAAUGUGCAAUUUUAUUUAUUUAUGAUUCAAAUUUGUAUGUGUAUCUGAAUGUAGUAAAUUUUUAUUUGAUAUCAAUGAGUUCUGUUUGUCUUUAAAAAAUGAUAGUAUUGAAUUAAUUUUAAUUAGUUGGUUGUACUUAUAACUCAUUUGAAACAGCUUUAGCAGGCAUCAAGGUAACUUUGGUUACAUUCUGAGUAUCAGUUACUUUGAUGGCUGUAGUGGUAGGGUUACGUUGAUAGAACUGACACUGCGUGAAAUUGAUUCAAUAAAAUGGAAAUUUUGAUACUGUGAUGAAGAGUCAAAGGCUUAAUGCAUAUUUGUCACCUUCAGAGAGCUGACACUAGAAACAUAGAAUCAAUACGGUAUAGAAAUAACAUCGGCAUGGAAUGGGCAUUACAUUAAUGUAGCAAAGAUUAUAAUUAGCAAUAUAUUUUUUUUUUUUUUUUUUCCCUGCAUAAGAUAGACAUCACAGAGCUGAAACCAGUUUUUGAGCUGCCUUGUCAGCUCUGUGCAAUGUGAAUCUUAUGUCAUUUUAUCAACUGAUACCUAUAGCUUUAAUUUGGCUGACAGAAAAUAAAUUUAUCGCAGUAGUAAAUAAGAUUCAGCUUCCUUCAAGCCAGUUUCCUCCUCCUUAUAAUUGGUCUGCAUUUUGCAAUACUGCAUAUCUACAGCUUAUUUUCCUCAGUAGUGUAUAAUUUUAUUGUGUUAGAGUUGGAACAUAUUCAAUCUUUUGGCAAUAUUUUGUAAUUUUUGAAAAGGCUCAUACCUUCCUUUUCAUGAUUUGGUGAGUUUUAGAGUUUUAUGAAGAAAAUAAUAAAUUCAAACAUACAGUAGCAAAUACAAGAAGACUUAUCAUGUGCUUGAAAGAGCUCACAAAGUGUUAAAAACAUGGUUGUUACAUAGAGGUAGACAUUUUCUGGCAAUUUAUUGCCGUUUUUUUACUUACUGAAGCCCUUAGUUUCGUUUAAGGACACGUGCACAUCUGUCUGUUUCUGAAUAUACUGUAAGGUACUUUAAUAGUUUCUUUCUUUUCUGUGGUAAAAGAUAAAACACUGUUUAGAAACUCAUUAAAGAAAGCUUUAACUGUUUAAACAAAUAUUUUUUUACAGUUAUAAAAUAUUCCAAUUUUAAUUAAAAUUAGAUUGUAAAUUAAGUCAUUUUAAUACUCAAACAUUGUAAUUUAAUGUAAGUACUUAAGAACUGAUGGCAGACAUCUGGCUUCCCAUUUUCGUUUGUUAUCAUUAGUGCUCCAGAAACAAUAUUUUACCUUUUGCAAUAUGAAUCUUUUGUUAUGUAUUUCCAUACUUGGUAAUUUUAAGAUCAAUUUUCUGUAAAAAAAAUGUUUUUAAAAAAUAUUGAAAUAAAGUAUUUUAUUUCCUCCUAUAUGUUUUAAACCAUCAAGCUUUCAUUAUGGCAAAUUUCAAAUAGGUUCAAAAAAUGAA